CAUAACCAGUGGGUUUAAAGUGUGUGUUACUAUACUAUUUGUACAAAAGUCAUGAUAUGAAUGGAGUUAAUAGCAACUGUAAAGUAAGAAGUAUUUAUUCUGGUUAGAUUUUUUUAUUUCUACGAUUAUUUUUUUCAGCUAUAUUGUGCUUUUACAUGUCAACACCUUUUGGCAUAUUUAUUCUCAUAAAACAGUAACCAGUUUCAAUGGGCUAUAUUUUAUAUUUGGCGAUUUUUAAAGUUUUAAUAUUGUGUGAUAUUAUGUUCACACCUGGAUAUGGAGACAACCUGGAAAUUUCUCUUAAACCUCCUGGUACUUCAUCGGAUCUUUCUACUUGGAUCCCGAAGGAACAUGAUGCUGACCCGGACAAAUCCAGACUACCUAUUUUUUCCGUGAACUACCCUCGCAUUCAAAUACCCUUUGAAAUUACUUUAUGGGUGCUGCUUGCUUCCUUUGCCAAGAUAGGUUUUCAUGUCUACCAUAAGAUCACAGUCUGGGUACCAGAGUCCUGUUUGCUGAUCUCCAUUGGUUUAAUUGUGGGGGGCAUCAUGCACUCAGUGCACGAGGAGCCACCGGCUGUGCUCACCUCCAACGUGUUUUUCCUCUACAUGUUGCCAUCCAUUGUGUUUGAUUCAGGCUACUUUAUGCCCACUCGUCCCUUCUUUGAGAAUUGUGGCACAGUGCUUUGGUUCGCUGUUGUUGGCACCUUAUGGAACUCUAUUGGCAUUGGCAUCUCUCUGUUUGCCAUAUGCCAGAUUGAAGUGUUUGGUGUGCAGGACAUUAACCUGCAGGAGAACCUCCUCUACGCCUCCAUCAUCUCAGCCGUGGAACCGGUGGCGGUGCUCACUGUGUUUGAGGACAUCAGCAUCCACGAGCAGCUCUAUAUUGUGGUCUUCGGAGAGUGCCUGUUUAAUGAUGCUGUUACUGUGGUAUUGUAUAAUCUCUUUAACCAUGUAGCAGAGCUGCGUGUAGUUGAAGCUGGAGAUGUUUUUCUGGGCAUAGCUAGUUUUUUUGUGGUGGGUUUAGGUGGUUUGCUUUUCGGUUUGCUGUUUGGUUUUGUGGCGUCCUUCACCACACGCUUUACUGGAAAGGUGAAAGAGAUUGAGCCGCUAAUCAUCUUCCUGUACAGCUUCCUGUCCUACCUCAUAGCUGAACUCUUUGCCAUAUCGAGCAUCAUGGCUAUUGUAACCUGUGCUCUGACCAUGAAGUAUUACGUUGAGGAGAAUGUAUCACAGCGAUCCUGCACCACUAUUCGCCAUGUCAUUAAAAUGGUCGGAAGUGUGUCGGAAACUCUAAUCUUCUUCUUUUUGGGCGUUGUUACCAUAACAACAGAACAUGAGUGGAACUGGGCCUACAUCCUCUUUUCAAUAUUGUUUGCGUUGCUUUGGAGAGGACUAGGAAUUCUGGUCCUGACACAGAUUAUUAACCCCUUCCGCACCAUUCCCUUCAACUAUAAAGAUCAGUUUUGUCUGGCCUAUGGUGGGUUAAGAGGAGCUGUGUCCUUUGCUUUGGCCUUCACACUACCAGACAGCAUCGGCCCUAAGAAUUUAUUCAUCACAGGCACGAUUGUAAUCAUCAUCUUUACUGUGUUUAUUCAGGGAAUAACUAUAAGGCCCCUUCUUAAAUUAAUGAAUGUCCGUAAGACAAAUCGAAACUUAGAGACCAUUAAUGUUGAGAUUCACAAAAGGUUAAUGGAACAUACUGUUGCAGGCAUAGAAGACUUAUGUGGACAAUGGAGUCACUACUAUUGGAAAGACAAGUUCAUGAAGUUUAAUAACCAGAUCAUCCGCAAGAUUUUAAUCCGUGAUAAUCGUCCCGAGUCGAGCAUUGUGGCUCUUUAUAAGAAGCUGGAGCUUCAGAAUGCCAUGGAGAUACUGGACUCAAUGUCUGGUGACAUCAGUGCUGCUCCCUCUCCAAAUACAUUACAUGCCUCUAAGUCCAAGAAGAUUUUGGCAUCUGAUGUGAAAAAUAUGCAUGAACUCCUAUCAAAGAACAUGUACAAGAGCAGACAGAGGACAAUGUCUCACACCAGUAAGCAUUCAUUACCCAAUGAUGCGACAGCAAAAGAAAUCCUAAUAAGACGGCACGCAAGCCUACGACGCAGCCUCAGGGCAGGAGGCUUUCACGGCCCUAAAACAUCCCAGAAGUUUUUCUCUCUACCCACUGGCCAUAGCUUGAACUCCAGACUCCCUCCAGUGAGAUUUGCUCCUGCUGGGAAUGAUGAUGCUGAAUCAGAAAUGGAUUAUGCAUCAAUCAGGCCUACGUUUAGGCACCCACAGAGAUCAAUGAUACCUCUGAGACGACUGGGUAAUCUGAAGGAAGUUCAUUCCUCUGUGAACGUAGUUGAUGAAGAGAAUGAGAAGCAGAGGAUCUACAGGUCUUCACGUUCUGGGUCCAGCUUCCCUAGUUCUGCACAUCAGAUCACACAUCAACCUUAUAGUUUUUCAAGAAACACCAACAAAGGUCAUGGCUCUGACUGUAAAGAGCAGAAAUCACUGUCUCUGCCCUUUGCAUUGAAACAUGAGCCACAAAACAACAGUGAUGUUCAAUAUCCUUUGCUUAGGAGACCCCAGUGACUGCCAGAAAACCACAGGGAAACACCCAUAUGCACCAGCAGUGUACAUUUAACACUAGUGAUUUUGCUGUGCAAUGAGAUGUGCAGGGUGGACACUGUAAAUGGAGCUGGACUGCUGUUACUCAGUAAAUACACGGAUACGAGGGAAGACUUGUUAUAAUAUUAAACACACUUAUGAAUCAUUUAAAACUACAUACCGAUACACCGGAAUUCUAUGAAGAAAGGUACAUUGGAAUGUAUCUGCAUAGUCACUUGAUAUUAAUAAGAUGUUAUUCAUCACAAUUUUUAUUUCUUUUUUUGGUAAUUUACAGUUAUGAGUUAACUUUAGAAACCUUGAAUUGAUACAAAAAUGUGAAAAAGGUAACUAUUGGUGGUGUAAUAUAUAAAAGUAAAAUUUCUACACAAAACAGUUGCACUUUAUUUUACAGUACGUGCACCAUUGUAUUCACCCAACAAAAUACUGGUAAAUUCAUGCAAUUAAUAUGGGUUAGGAUUAGUUUCAGGGCUGGCAACUAGUAAUUUCACAGGUAGACAAUGAGUAUGGUAUGUAUAUGUGGAACUGAAGUUUAAAAUAAAGUGCUACUAAAAUGUUUAGCCCCAAACAUGUUUAUAUCUUACGGUAUAUAUUCCUUUUAAAAUACAGUAGUCAUCUCAUUUAUGAUAUAACAGGAUACAGCACAUGUAAUGACAGAGAGCACAAUGACUUGGUGUAGGCUUAGAUUUUUAUUUUUACCCGUGUAUCAGUAAAGUGUAUGUUUUUACACAAAAUUUGACAACACAUGUUGAUAACAUAGAGAUGCACAUUGUAUUUUGUGUCCUAGCAUUCAAAGGUUCUUGUUCAGUUUUAUCAACAACAUUAUUGUUAGCAUUCGGGGCAAUGUAAAUAAAUAAU